AUGCGUAGUCGUCGAGAUAAUUCCUGGGUGGUUCAGAAGUUUGGUGGAACAAGCAUUGGCAAAUUCCCAGACAAGCGCGAGGCUUGGAGGCGACAGGCCCGCAGUGAUAUGUUCUGCACGAAGUUCAGGCAAGAAAGUCUUCGGAACAACGAGCUGCUACAAGUCUACCGGACAUUGAGAGGCAUUGUUGCCAUCACGCAAGACCCUGAUAUGCAAGAGUUGCUCUUCGACAGACUUCGCAGCAUUAUCAAAGAUAUCCGUGAUGACCAAGUGGCCACUGUCCAGAUAUAUAUCUUGAGACAGGACAUUCGUGAUGAGACAACCCGACAGAUCACAGCAGAUUGCCAGGAACUACUUGACUACACAUCCGCUGCUAAGCGCUUCAAACUCGAUAUCAAUGGUAAAGCAAAAGACAAAAUGGUCAGCUUCGGUGAGAAGUUGAGCUGUCGACUCAUGGUUGCUAUGCUACGAGACAGAGACAUCCCAGCGGAAUACGUCGAUCUCUCCGAUAUUGUACCUAGCAACAACCUGGAUCAUUUGAAGCCUGAAUUCUUCCCUGAAGCAGCUGCAGUCUUUGGAAAACGAAUCGAAGCUUGCAAUGGGAGAGUUCCCGUCAUCACUGGAUUCUUCGGCGCUGUUCCGGGGAGUUUGAUAGACAGUGGUAUUGGAAGAGGAUAUUCUGACCUCUGUGCUGUUUUGGUGGCGAUUGGGCUACAUACAGAGAGAGUGCAGAUCUGGAAAGAGGUUGAUGGCAUUUUCACAGCUGAUCCGAGAGAAGUCCCUGAUGCUAGAUGCUUGCCUUCGAUCACGCCGUCUGAAGCAGCUGAACUUACCUUCUAUGGAUCAGAGGUCAUUCAUCAUCUUGCACUGUCUCUGGCAAUUCAAGCAAAGCCGCCUAUUAGCAUCUUUGUCAAGAAUGUGCAGAAGCCGUGGGGUCAAGGAACUGUUGUUGUUCCUAGCGAUGGUGACGACACAUCUUCGUGGCCGAUCGACUACUUGGACCCUUCCGACUCGGACAGUACUUCUUCCACAGCACUGCCAAAAAUGCCAACUGCUGUCACCAUCAAGCGAGACAUCACCAUUCUCAACAUCCUCAGCAACAAACAGUCCAUGUCUCAUGGCUUCUUCGUCAAGGUCUUUACCAUCCUGGCAGAGCACGAUAUCUCAGUUGAUCUAAUCUCCACCUCAGAAGUCCAUGUUUCUAUGGCAAUCAACAGUUCCAACAUGGAUCCCUCUCAGAUCAAGGAUGUUCACUGCAAGCUUGCUGAAGAAGGAGAGGUGAAUGUGCUACCUGACAUGGCUAUCCUGAGUCUCGUGGGCGCUGAGCUGAAGAACAUGACCGGCAUUGCGGGGAGAAUGUUUGCCAUUCUUGGGGAGCAGCACGUCAACAUUGAGAUGAUCUCGCAAGGUGCGAGUGAGAUUAACAUAUCCUGUGUCAUUCCGGAUAAGGACGCCACUAGGGCUCUGAAUAUGCUGCAUAAUGAGCUGUUUACGAAGAAUGCCAUGUAA